GGUUGCGCUUCAGAAGAGGUGAAGUGGGCGUGGCUGAAGGAGGAAAGAGUGCGGUAACCGGAUAACCGCAGAGUGCAGCUCGGGCUGCAGAACGCACCUCUGCUCGCGCGGGAUGAAUUUGGGGAUUAAUGUUAAACCCAGUAAAGACUCAGUGUUUUAUUUAUAAUCAUUUGAAUCGCUUACUUUUAGACCGGAUGUGAAGAUUUGACGGAAGUGGCGCUGUUUAUUUUGAGAAAGUCGCGCAGCGUUUUGAGUGGUUUUAGAGAGAGGAGCUUUUAUUCGCGGUGGACUCUCUCUCUCUCUCUCUCUCUCUCUCUCCGUUUAGCAACCUGUCGGAUUUCAAAUUUUAUCUUUGGUCAUCGAGACUUUACGGUGAGUCGCGCGCAGGUUCAUGUGUUGGUGAGAUGAAGAGUUUUGUUUGAUUUUUUGUGAACUGCUGACAAUAUUUCUCCUAAAUUCUAAAUAUAACUAUUGUUAUUUAGAGUGUAUAUUUAAAGGAAAUGACAUCACAUCAAAAUAACCCAAGAUCAUGCAGUAUUACAGAACUUUAAUAACUCAAAUAAAACAAAAUGUAAAUAAUCUGUAAACAGAUUGUGUUAAUGCUUUGUGUAAAUAACAUUAAGAGAUCAGUAUUUGGUGGAAUAACCCCGAUCUGCAUGGGUUUUGGCUCCAUGAUCUCCACCAGUUUCUCAUAUUGCUGUUGGGGAACUUUAUACCACUCUUUUUGCAAAAAAAGCAAACAGUACAGCUUUACUUGAUGGUUUGUGAUCAUCCAUCUUCCUCUUGAUGACAUUCCAGAGGUUUUCAGUAGGGUUCACAUCUGGAGAUUGGGCAGUAGGCUCUUAUUUUUUUUCCAGAGCUGUGCAUUAAUGAACUGACAAAAUUACUAGAACCGUCACCAGCACCCGGCCUCACACUACAUGACUCCAGUAUAAAGUUCCUCCUCUAUGCAGAUGAUCUGGUCCUGCUGUCUCCUACAGACGAGGCUCUACAGCAGAACCUCCACAUCCUGCACAGGUUCAGUCAGACCUGGGCCCUGACUAUAAACCCAACCAAGACAAAGGUCCUAACCUUUUAAAGCCCUUAAAAACCAUGAAGCCAACACUGAAAAAUUCUUAUUCAGCUGGUCCUGAGGCUCCACAAACAAACUAAUCUGACUAACACUGACCAGCCUCAGGACACUGACCGCCUCAGGACACUGACCAGCCUCAGGACACUGACCGCCUCAUCCACAGAAUUCGGCCCAACCAAAUGAUUAACACACAGAAAGAAUAUUAUCUCACUUACUGGACUGAAACAACACAAAAUCAAAGCAAACUACAAUGUUAUCUGGAGCUAAACAGAGAAUACACAACAACAGAAUACCUGAGUACAGACUCAGUGACCACAGACUGGCCAUAGAGAGGGACAGGUACAGACUCAGUGACCACAGCCUGGCUAUAGAGAGGGGCAGGUACAGACUCAGUGACCACAGACUGGCCAUAGAGAGGGACAGGUACAGACUCAGUGACCACAGCCUGGCUAUAGAGAGGGGCAGGUACAGACUCAGUGACCACAGACUGGCCAUAGAGAGGGACAGAUACAGACUCAGUGACCACAGCCUGGCCAUAGAGAGGGACAGGUACAGACUCAGUGACCACAGCCUGGCCAUAGAGAGGGACAGGUACAGGCUCAGUGACCACAGACUGGCCAUAGAGAGGGACAGGUACAGACUCAGUGACCACAGCCUGGCCAUAGAGAGGGACAGGUACAGACUCAGUGACCACAGCCUGGCCAUAGAGAGGGACAGGUACAGGCUCAGUGACCACAGACUGGCCAUAGAGAGGGACAGGUACAGACUCAGUGACCACAGCCUGGCCAUAGAGAGGGACAGGUACAGACUCAGUGACCACAGACUGGCCAUAGAGAGGGACAGGUACAGGCUCAGUGACCACAGCCUGGCCAUAGAGAGGGACAGGUACAGACUCAGUGACCACAGCCUGGCCAUAGAGAGGGACAGGUACAGACUCAGUGACCACAGCCUGGCCAUAGAGAGGGACAGGUACAGACUCAGUGACCACAGACUGGCCAUAGAGAGGGACAGGUACAGGCUCAGUGACCACAGCCUGGCCAUAGAGAGGGACAGGUACAGGCUCAGUGACCACAGCCUGGGUAUAGAGAGGGACAGGUACAGACUCAGUGACCACAGCCUGGGUAUAGAGAGGGGCAGAUACAGACUCAGUGACCACAGCCUGGGUAUAGAGAGGGACAGGUACAGACUCAGUGACCACAGCCUGGCUAUAGAGAGGGACAGGUACAGACUCAGUGACCACAGCCUGGCUAUAGAGAGGGACAGGUACAGGCUCAGUGACCACAGCCUGGCUAUAGAGAGGGACAGGUACAGGCUCAGUGACCACAGACUGGGUAUAGAGAGGGACAGGUACAGACUCAGUGACCACAGCCUGGCCAUAGAGAGGGACAGGUACAGGCUCAGUGACCACAGCCUGGCUAUAGAGAGGGACAGGUACAGGCUCAGUGACCACAGCCUGGCUAUAGAGAGGGACAGGUACAGGCUCAGUGACCACAGCCUGGCUAUAGAGAGGGACAGGUACAGACUCAGUGACCACAGCCUGGGUAUAGAGAGGGGCAGAUACAGGCUCAGUGACCACAGCCUGGCCAUAGAGAGGGGCAGAUACAGGCUCAGUGACCACAGCCUGGCCAUAGAGAGGGGCAGAUACAGGCUCAGUGACCACAGCCUGGCCAUAGAGAGGGACAGGUACAGGCUCAGUGACCACAGCCUGGCUAUAGAGAGGGGCAGAUACAGACUCAGUGACCACAGCCUGGGUAUAGAGAGGGGCAGAUACAGGCUCAGUGACCACAGCCUGGCUAUAGAGAGGGGCAGAUAUAGAUUCAGUGACCACAGCCUGGGUAUAGAGAGGGGCAGAUACAGACUCAGUGACCACAGCCUGGCUAUAGAGAGGGACAGGUACAGGCUCAGUGACCACAGCCUGGGUAUAGAGAGGGGCAGAUAGAGACUCAGUGACCACAGCCUGGCCAUAGAGAGGGGCAGAUACAGACUCAGUGACCACAGCCUGGCCAUAGAGAGGGGCAGAUAGAGACUCAGUGACCACAGCCUGGCCAUAGAGAGGGGCAGAUACAGACUCAGUGACCACAGCCUGGCCAUAGAGAGGGGCAGAUAGAGACUCAGUGACCACAGCCUGGCCAUAGAGAGGGGCAGAUACAGACUCAGUGACCACAGCCUGGCUAUAGAGAGGGGCAGAUACAGACUCAGUGACCACAGCCUGGCCAUAGAGAGGGGCAGAUACAGACUCAGUGACCACAGCCUGGCCAUAGAGAGGGGCAGAUACAGACUCAGUGACCACAGCCUGGCCAUAGAGAGGGGCAGAUAGAGACUCAGUGACCACAGCCUGGCCAUAGAGAGGGGCAGAUAGAGACUCAGUGACCACAGCCUGGCCAUAGAGAGGGGCAGAUACAGACUCAGUGACCACAGCCUGGCUAUAGAGAGGGGCAGAUACAGACUCAGUGACCACAGCCUGGCCAUAGAGAGGGGCAGAUAGAGACUCAGUGACCACAGCCUGGCUAUAGAGAGGGGCAGAUACAGACUCAGUGACCACAGCCUGGCUAUAGAGAGGGGCAGAUACAGACUCAGUGACCACAGCCUGGCUAUAGAGAGGGGCAGAUACAGACUCAGUGACCACAGCCUGGCCAUAGAGAGGGGCAGAUAGAGACUCAGUGACCACAGCCUGGCCAUAGAGAGGGGCAGAUAGAGACUCAGUGACCACAGCCUGGCCAUAGAGAGGGGCAGAUACAGACUCAGUGACCACAGCCUGGCUAUAGAGAGGGGCAGAUACAGACUCAGUGACCACAGCCUGGCCAUAGAGAGGGGCAGAUAGAGACUCAGUGACCACAGCCUGGCUAUAGAGAGGGGCAGAUACAGACUCAGUGACCACAGCCUGGCUAUAGAGAGGGGCAGAUACAGACUCAGUGACCACAGCCUGGCUAUAGAGAGGGGCAGAUACAGACUCAGUGACCACAGCCUGGCUAUAGAGAGGGGCAGAUACAGACUCAGUGACCACAGCCUGGCUAUAGAGAGGGGCAGAUACAGACUCAGUGACCACAGCCUGGCUAUAGAGAGGGGCAGAUACAGACUCAGUGACCACAGCCUGGCUAUAGAGAGGGGCAGAUACAGACAGAGCUGGCUGCCCAGAGAGAGCAGGUUCUGUCUGUACUGUAACCUGUCCAAACUACCAGGAAAUUCCAAAACAGUUCUUUCCUAAAUUUGAGCUGAUUUGUCCGGACUUCAUCAAACUGGAUGCUCUGUACAUCCACGCCUGCCACAACAAGAGGGAGGAGUCAACCAAUCAGUGAUGCGCUCAUGAACUCUCUCUCACACACACACACACAUGCACACAGACACACAUGCAAAUACACACACAUUCACACACACACUCACACACACACACACACACCUCACUCAUACCUGUAGAUUUUGUACUUUCAUUUUGCUAUUUAUUUAUUUGUUAUUUUAUUCAUUUGUUUGUUGGUUUUGUAAUUUUGUUUGUAAUCUUUACCCCUUUUAAAUGCUUGGCAAUACAUGUACAAUCUGUCAUACCAAUAAAGCUUUUUGAAUUGAAUUGGAUUGAGAGAGAGAGAGAGAGAGAGAAAGAAAGAAAAAGGACAGGGCUUCUGAAUUAAACAUACUGUAGGAGAUUAGAUUACACACACACACACACACACACACACACACACACACAUGUUGAAGAGUAAAACAGAAGAACCUGAUCCAUCCUUGGGUCAGUACACACUGCACACACACACACUGGAAGCCACAGGAUUAUUGUUAUUGUUAGCGAUGUUAGCAUUGUAGCGCUGGUGCAGAGUUAAAGGUGUUGACGUGUUCAGGAGAUAAUGAGAACGCUGACUAAUCACAGUAACGUGUCUGAACUCGUACACACAGAUCACUGUGUGUGUGUGUGUGUGUGUGUGAGGAACUUCCUCUUGCUAGUCAAAUACAUGAGGUCACAUGAGAGACGAGUGUAUAACCAUGUAGAGAAACAGAGAGACUUGAUAAAGUUCUUUAUUUUAAUUAACAUAAAGUCACACAAAGCAUGAUUUUGAAUGCCAUACAGAGAGAGAGAGAGAGAGAGAGAGAGAGAGAGAGUGUGUGUGUGUGUGUAUGUGUGUAAGAGGCAGUUUAGGGAUUAAGGUGCUGGAUUACUGAUCAGAAAGUAUUGAUUUUGAA